AAAACCCAACAAUGGCCGAAACAUUUGACAGAAUAAUGGAAAUCCUACAGUGUUAAAUACCUGUAGCUGUUUAUUUAAAAACGUAAAGUGAUAUGUAAAUAUUUGUGUAAUGAAGAAUAGUUGUAAAUAUUAGUCCAUAACCCAAGCUGUGAUAUUAACUGGUAAUGGCCGAUGAAGCAAAUGAUCAGGAAUUAAGGAAAAACCUUCAAAUAAUCCAAUCAAUGAUAGACGUAUCUGCUGAAAGAUUAGAAGGUUUACGUACACAAUGUGCUACCAGCGCCGAAUUAACGCAACAAGAAAUAAGAACACUCGAGGGAAAGUUGAUCAAAAUGUUUUCCGAACAACUGGUAACAAAGUUAAAGUUAAGAAACGGUUGCAGUGAACAUUUACCUUCUUUAACACAAUGGUUGCAAGUGGUUGGAUUAGGCAGUAGUUCGAUACAAGGUCUCUGUCAAAAAAUUUCCUCAGUUGAAGAACUCCAAGAAAAAUCAGAACAUGAACUUAAAACAAUUCUAAAUGACAAAGGAGCUAAGCCUGACGAAUUGAGUAAGCUCUUCAGAGCAUUACAUAACCUGAAAAGAUAUGUUGACGUACUAAAGAAAGGGGGAAAUGAUUCAUCAGAAAUGCAUCUUUAUUGGGAUUCAUGGGACCGAAAUCAUCCCCUUAAAGUUGUGGGUCUCUCUCCUCGAACUGGUCGUUCUAGAGUAGCAAGAGCUAGUGUACCAUCGGAGGAGAGUCUGACAGCUGGUUUGAACAACAACAACCAUCAUAUCGGUGGAACGGGUGCGAUGAUUCUUAUACCUCCUUCACCUUCGGUGUCUAGCAUCUGUGACUCUUUGAAUGCAAGUCCUAGGUGUGGGGGGACCCUGUUGGGUUCGCCUCCAGCUGCCCCCGAUGUGUGGUCUAAGGGGGCAAAAAGUUUGCAUGGCUCCAAGUUCCCAACGACCCCCCCGCCGAGGAGGAAGCACCUGACCGGGCUGCAUAACACCGCGCUGUUGCCAGACUCGUUCCCUUUGACCAAGAGCAAAUCGCACGAGUCUCAGUUGGCGGCGUCCAAGAGCGACGCGAGCGACUGCAGUCAGACGGGGGAGUCAGCAGCUUCGGUAGCUAGGAGGGCGAGGUUGCCGACCGAACCAGGACCGGACACCAUGACGGGAUACAACAGUCCUCUUUUGACCAGUCCGAUCAAGUCGCCUCCGUCGAAUAACACAGGAACAGACUCGGACGAUAACAGUUACAAAUCAACCAGUCUGCAGGUUCCAAAGUCACCUCGUACCCCUCCAACGGGUCUGAGGAACAUGACGCACCAGAUCAACCAUCGAUUCGCUAAAAAGUUCAAGAUGAUGUCCACCUGCUGGUAUUGUCAGAAACCCAUCUACUUCGAGGCGGGUCUGAAAUGCAAGGAGUGCAAGUUCACCUGUCAUAGAGAAUGCGAGAACAAAGUUACGCCAUCUUGCGGCUUACCACCGGAACUGCUGGACGAGUUCAAGAAGAAGAUAUCCAAAGAGGGUCAUCAGUUACCGUCUUCUCCCAGUUCAGUCAGAGGAGCGAGUAAGGUGGCUAAAAACUUCAAAUCGACCCUAUCGAGAAGUCGAAAAAGAUCACAUCCUCAACCUUCAAUCAACAUAGCACCCUAUCCUCCUCCCGACUCUAGCUCUAACACUUCUAGUUGUAACAGUUCUACUCCCUCCAGUCCUGCUGUACAGGCACUGCUUACGCCGCAUGCAAUGUCGAAACAACAGUUCCACUUUCCAGAUAUUGUCCAUACACAGCAUAUGAACGAUGUAAUCUUGGAUGCCUACCCCUUGAACACUUCCAGCCUUCAAAGCGACCUUACCUGUUCUCAGCUGUCUAGAGACAGCGAUAGGACAAUAUCCAUUUCCGGUAGUACCAGCACAGAUUCCGACAGGACUCCUGUUCGAGUUGAUUCUCAAGACAGCCAAGUGUCCGACACAGAAACCAUAACAGAUGGUCACAGAUGGCCACGUCAAAAUAGUUUGUCGAUGCGCGAAUGGGACAUCCCUCACGAUGAACUCACGUUUGAUAAGCUCAUUGGAAUCGGCAGGUUUGGUAAGGUGUAUAGGGGUUAUUGGCACGGAGACGUUGCCAUCAAAGUACUCAAGUAUUUGAAAGACGAGAAGACCUUAGAGCAUUUCAAGAUGGAAGUGGCCACGUUCAGAAAGACCCGUCACGAAAAUCUUAUCCUCUUCAUGGGGGCCUGCAUGAAUCCGGAGCACCUGGCCAUCGUGACGAGUCUCAGCAAGGGGGACACCCUGUACACUCACAUCCAUUUGAGGAAAGACAAGUUCAACAUGAACAGAACUACAAUCAUAGCUCAGCAAAUAUCACAGGGUAUGGGAUAUUUACAUGCCAAAGGUAUAGUACACAAGGAUCUGAAAAGCAAAAAUAUAUUCUUGGAGAACGGAAAGGUCGUCAUCACAGAUUUUGGUUUAUUUAGUGUAACAAAACUUUGUUACGAAAACAGAAAACCUGACAGUCUUGGUAUACCACCUGGUUGGUUAUGUUACUUGGCCCCAGAAAUAGUAAGGAGUUUGCACGCCCAUCAGUCUCACGAUGAGGAGCUACCAUUCAGCAAGGCGUCUGACGUAUAUGCAUUCGGAACGGUUUGGUACGAACUGCUCUGCGGGGAGUGGCCUUUCAAAGCGCAACCACCCGAAGCAAUCAUCUGGCAAGUGGGUAAAGGGAUGAAGCAGCCCCUAGCGAAUUUGCAGGCUUCUAGGGAUGUCAAGGAUAUUUUGAUGCUGUGUUGGUCCUUCCGACCAGGAGACAGGCCAGACUUCAGUUGUAGGCUUUUGAACAUUCUGGAGAAGCUACCGAAGAAGAGGUUGGCCAGAAGUCCGUCGCAUCCGAUACACUUGUCUAGAUCGGCCGAAUCUGUAUUCUAGGACAUCUUUCAGAUUUCACGGUGCAUUGGUGUUUUUACCACUUGUGAUUAGUUUAUGGAAAUUUUAUCACUUCAACAUAUCUGUCAGAGUUUGACAGACCAAAUGUCAUACUUCUGUCAAAAUUUCAUUUCACUUGUUAGAGGCUGGAAAGUUUUAGAAUUUCUUAUCUUAGAGCAUGAUGCACCUGGGAAUUUCGGAGUCAACGGUUCAAGUCUAACACGAUACACGAUAAGUAUCCCCGAAAUGUACUGAAACUUAAUUUUGAUGCCUUCCUGUGAAUCUGACUAAAAGUUAAUUGUUCCUUCGUAAGUUUUUGUUAGUUUUUAUGUUGUCCAACAUAAAGAUGCACACAUCACUUGACAUUCCAAAAAGAUUUUAAAGUGCAAUAUUAACUGAUUGAAUUUAUGCCUUACAAGACAUUUUGUUUGUAGAAAGUAUAUAUAAUCUCUAUUUGGAAAGCUCUAUACUUUAAAAGCGCUGUGUAUAAAAAAAUUCAUGUGAUAUAAAUGUAUAAAAUUUUUAUUCGCCAUUUUUGCCCGUAAAAUCUUGAGCCCCACAUCACAUUUAGAAGUUCGCAAAGGAUUAUCCCUCCUAAUGUAUUUCAUAAAACACCUGUAUUUUACCUGCUUUGAAGUUCUUGCAAAGGUACUAUGCUUUCGAAUUACCUCUAGGCUGGUAACCAAUGAGGUCAGCGACAUUUUUCACUGAAUGGUAACUUGACGUUGACAAGUUAUUAUUGACAGUUGGCCUUGAUAAUAUUCUUUUUUUCCCCUCGUGAACUGACAAACGAUGUUAAAAAUGAGGUAUAAAUUUUUCAACAUUUUCCAAUGUGUAAAUUCUUCGAUUUUAUGUAUAAUUUAUUUAUUUUUCAUUGUAUUCUCAUCAGUAUCGAAACGGUCGAUAAGACCUAACCUAAGGUUUAGGUUAGGUAGUAAUGGAAGACGUCCAAUGCUACUGGUUGCUAUGAAUACUGUUGUCAUAGCAACAGUUACUAUAGACGCUGAUGCCCAAGCAAUAUUAACUGUGAAUGGUAUCGCAGAAUAAUUUAUUGAACAAAAUAUAUUUUUAUAUUGAAAAAUGGAUACCUCAAUUCCGUGUUUUUGAUGUUUGAUCCCCCAAAAUAUGUAAAUUUCUUAUAAGCUGUACGAAAUUCAAAUAUGAUUAUUUCCUGGUUAUACAAGCAAAAACUUCUGGCAUUUCAGGGUCAUAUUUGAAUUUCCUCGCAAUUACAUAUUUUCUCCUUUUUGUUGUAUACCAUGUGAAGUGGAAAUUUUAAAUUGUAAAUAUUUUAAAAAUUGUACAUAAACUUUUCUUGACUGAAGUUCAACUGAAAUUUCAGAUUACAUAAGUAAAUUUGAAAAAAAGCAUUCCCUUUUGUCGCUCUAGUCAAUUUGAAGCGUCUAAAAUUCACACAUUCCGUGUUUUUUCAACUAUGUGAAUGUCUGAAUUUUGGCCAAUUUUAUUCUGAUCUACAGUCAAUGUACAUCAUAGGGACUAGGGUAAAUAAAAUAUUUAAUUCUGAAA